UUUUUGUUUCCGCCCAGACCGCGUUAACUGUAACACUCGAUGAAAAAUGCGAGGUUCUAUUGUGGCAGUUUAAGUUGUCCUCUGUCUACUAAAUCCAGAAUUAGUCAUGUACAGUUGCCUGGCACGGAGCCUGCGCUGCAAUGUCGGGGCCUGGCCCUCCUACGUCCCCUCCAGCACGCUGGCCGUGCUACGGAGCCCCGACCGCAGGUCACCUGACCACCACUGUCCACACCGACCUCUGACCUCCAGCCUACCUCUUCAGGAAGCACGACCCCUGCGUGACCCCAGGCUGACCCCAGCCCGCUCUAUGGGGACCGGCACACGCAGGAAGAGGCCGCCCAGCGCGUUUCCUGUCCUGGAGGAGAAGCUGCAGCCGAUCCACACCCACGUCUACGAGGCCAACCUCAGGAACAGCACAGCCUGCCAACAGAGAUAUGUGGCGUUCAGAGAGAAGGUGAGGAAAGGGGGCGGAGAGAACGCCGUUGCCAGACAUACCCAGAGGAACAAAAAGCUGCUGGUCCGGGAUAGGCUCCGCCUCUUGCUUGAUGAUGAGGACUUCCUGGAGCUGUCUCCCUUCGCUGGGCUCGGUCUGCCCUAUGGAGACAUCCCCUCCGCUGGCUGCCUGACUGGUGUGGGCCGGAUCAACGGCCUGUGGUGCGUCUUCAUAGCCAACGAUGCCACAGUGAAGGGCGGCACGGCUUAUCCAAUCACAGUGAAGAAGCAGCUGAGGGCCCAGGACGUGGCCAUGCAGAACCGCCUGCCCUGUGUCUACCUGGUGGACAGUGGAGGAGCCUUCCUCCCUCUGCAGUCAGAGAUCUUUCCAGAUAAGAACCAAGGAGGGAGAACGUUCUACAACGAGGCCAUCAUGUCCGCCAUGAGAAUCCCUCAGGUGUCAGUAGUGUGUGGCUCGUGCACUGCGGGCGGCGCUUACAUUCCCACCAUGGCGGAGGAAGCUGUGAUGGUCCACCGGAUCGGGACUAUCUUCCUGGGAGGGCCGCCACUGGUCAAGGCCGCCACCGGGGAGGAGGUGACACCGGAGGAUCUGGGCGGGGCCACGCUGCACGCAGAGGUAAGCGGCUGCGUGGACCAUUUUGCCUGGGACGAGAAGGAGGCCUACGUGUACACCAGGAACAUCAUCUCCACGCUGAACUAUGAGCUGCCGGAGGAGGAGGGGGAGCAGGGCAGGAGGGUGGAACAGCCGCUACACAGCCCUGAGGGGCUGAUGGGGCUGGCUCCUCUGGACUACAACCACAGCCUGGACGUCAAACUGAUCCUGAGUCGUCUGACAGAUGGUAGUAAGUUCCAGGAGUUCAAGGCCAGAUAUGGAACCACUCUGGUGACAGGCUUUGCCAAGAUAGAGGGGCACCUGGUGGGCAUUGUCGCCAGUAACGGGGAGCUCUCCUGCGCGGCGUCGCUGAAGGGCAGCCAUUUUGUGCAGCUGUGCGACCAGAGAGACGUCCCCCUGCUCUUCCUGCAGAACACCGCGCCCCGGCCCAGACACACACACACUCUGAGCCAGGCAGACACCAACAGCAACCGUCUCAAAGCCCAGGGUUCUAUGAUGUCAGCUGUGGCCUGCGCCACCGUCCCCAAAAUCACCGUCGUCAUAGGUGGUUGCUAUGGCGCCGACAGCUAUGCUAUGUGCGGCCGGGCGUUUGACCCUCAUUUCCUGUUCCUGUGGCCCAACGCCAGAGUCAGUCUGGUCGCCCCGGGUUACGCGGCCGCCCUGACUCCUCCUGAGGGAGGGGAGGGGGAGGGGGAGGGGGCGCUGAGGAAAAUCAACAAGAGGCUGGAGGAGGAGAGCUCGGCUUUCUUCUCAUCUGGCAGGCUGUGGGAUGACGGAGUGAUCCUCCCUCAGGACACGAGGAAGGUGGUGGGGGUCUGUCUGACCAUCAGCCAGCAGCAGCGGUACCAGCUGUCCACAGAGAAGACCUGCUCCCCCAUGCUCAGGGUCUGACCUCCUGAAGACCUUGUGACCCCAAGUCUGGACCUGGCCUUAGGGCCCAGAUCAAGAACCCAGACCUGGCCUUACAACCCAGCCCAGGAAUGAAAUCCAGCCUGGUAACCCAGACCUCAUGAGUAAUGACCCAGGCCUAGAACUGAACCAACCUGGACUUUGAAGUAAUUGUUGCCUUAGAACCCAGACCUCAUGACCCAGGUCGGGACCUGGGGUUUGAACCAGACCCGGAGCUGAACCAGACCUGGACCUGGCCUUGAGAUGCACCCGCCAAGCUCUCUGUUAAUGCAUAGAGCCUUUGGUCCUGUGAUGGACGUCCAAAGUGCAAUUUUAGAGACUGAUCUCUCAUGAGUUAAUGUGACUGUAAUUAGACUAAUGUACUGUACUAAUGACACUAUCAAUGCAACAACUUGGUUUUUAUUUGUAAAAAAGUUAUGGAAUAACAUUUGUUAUUUGUAAAGAAUUUCUGUAAUUGAUUUA